AUGAAGUUGCCUUGGUGCUUAGUCGAAUCAGGAUACGUGGAGAUCGGCGAUUGGGCCCAGGUUUCUUGGUCACGCUUCGUGGACUUGGAGGCUCUGGAAUUCUUACUCGACAACCACCUGGCGGCAUGCGGCCUUCACCGUAAUUAUCCUGCUGCAUUCUCGACGUUUCUCGUCAGACAAACCGGCGAGACCACGAAGCCGCAGAACGCGUUUCUUGUGUGCAAGACGCUAGUUGAGCACGGGUUCGCAGGGCCUGCAGACCGCAACAAACAACCCACGGCACAGGGCAUGAGCCCCUCGCAGAUCCUGUCCGAAGGAGCCAUGGACUCGGCAUUGACGCAGAGUUCCACCAUCGAAUGGUUGCGCUCGAACAUGGUUUUUUCAGAAGAAGAGCUGCAUGAGUUGGAGGAUGCUUUUCCACUAGACAAGACAUCACCGUUUGUUUCACCGGAAGACGAAAAUGGAAAGAAACGUAAGCGGAGCUUUUUUUAG